AUGCCCAUUAGCAUUGAGACCCGCCGGAAGAGAUUAUCUGAUUUAGUGUGGAAAUCAAUCAAAGAUCUCUGCGAAGAACGCCAUUUCUCAAAGGAAGAGAGCAAAUAAGUAUGAAGAAAAUGCUAGAAGAGUUGUUAAGCCCUACCUAGCACAAAUGAAAGUGGUCGAGAAACCUAGUAGAAGGUCUCCCCUUAAAGUUACUACUCUAAAGAAUAAUACAACCAAAGGUGGCUCAGUAGAGCGGGAUUCUUCCAAGUUAUCCAAGCCGAAUGAUCCUUGAUUAGAAAUUAUUCCUAAAAUGUCAGUUAAGCUUUCUUCGAGGUCUAAAAUUCUACGGAAGAAUCGUUUAAGAAACUCCUCAAUGCAGUCCCUUGAUGCUAAGAAGCCCCUUGUGAAGAACAGAAGCAGAACAAGCUCUAAAAAAAGAGCCAUUGUUCCUAAAGUUACAAAUUCAGACGAAGCUGAGGAUAACUUCCCAGCCAUUUAUGAAAGGAGCAAGAAGACACAAAAAUAUUCAGAGAGAAAGUUCAGAAGGAUCAAAAGAAAGCCUAAGGCUCAGGUAUCUAAUUCUCAGAAUAAGAUCGACAUCACUUGUAACAACAACUUAUAUCAAAUAAAUCAGUUCAAUGUGAAAAUUGUCAAUUCAGACUCUUCAAGAGAGUCGAAGAGGUCUGUUAUCAGAGAGAAUAGGACUCCGUCGAAAUCAAGGAAGUUGUACCACCUUGGAUCCCAGACUAAGAAUACUAGAAAUAUCAUCAAGAACCCUGAUUCUAAUGCAAGUGCAUUGCAUGAUUGUUUAGAUGAUAAUAAAGCAAGGAGGGACUUAUUCUCCCAAAAUAGAUUUAGUCAAGAAGAUCCGUACCCAGCCUGCCAGAAGAAAACCAGCCAACCUUAGUGUGUCAAGAGAGAGGAAAGCUUCUACUAAGCUUGGAGACUUAACCUCGACAAAUAGUAGC